GCCGCUCCGUCCCGACCCCACUGCCGUAGCUGCCGCCGGGCCGCCUCCUGCUCUUCCUUCCGCUGCGCCGUGCGCAGGCGCGGUGGCGCGGCCCGCAUUGGCGGCGGCGGCCUCGUGCGAUGAUGACACGAGCCAGCACAAUCAGCUAAAGCCGAAGCAAGAGGAAAGAGACUGUUCGAGAAGGCUCCAAGCGUCUCAUGAAUGAACUACCGGAACUCGAUAAUGCUGGCUCUGCAGAGCCAGGUCUGCGGCUCAGGAAAGGACACAUGUCUGGCACUGCAACAACACAGGCAGCCUUUGAAGAGGACACCUCUGAGCAGAGCCUUCUUUUAGUGCAGCCACCUCUGUCUUCUGACCAGGAAAACUGUUCUGAAGAGAAUAAACACAACGAUGAGUCACCUCAAGAAGAUGAAGGCUUUAUGGGUAUGUCACCUCUUCUACAAGCCCACCAUGCUAUGGAGAGAAUGGAAGAAUUUGUGUGUAAGGUGUGGGAGGGCCGAUGGAGAGUCAUUCCCCACGAUGUGCUGCCUGACUGGCUGAAGGACAACGACUACCUGCUGCACGGACACAGACCGCCCAUGCCUUCCUUCCGGGCUUGCUUCAAGAGUAUCUUCAGAAUACAUACAGAGACUGGUAACAUCUGGACACAUCUCUUAGGAUGUGUGUUCUUCCUUUGUCUGGGAAUCUUCUACAUGUUCCGGCCAAACAUGUCCUUUGUAGCACCUGUGCAGGAGAAAGUGGUUGUUGGAUUGUUCUUCUUGGGAGCCAUACUCUGCCUCUCCUUCUCAUGGCUUUUCCACACAGUUUAUUGCCACUCAGAAGGUGUUUCCCGGCUCUUCUCCAAGUUGGAUUAUUCUGGCAUUGCACUUCUCAUAAUGGGCAGCUUUGUACCAUGGCUCUACUACUCCUUCUAUUGCAACCCUCAGCCCUGCUUCAUCUACUUGAUCGUGAUUUGCGUCCUGGGCAUCGCAGCCAUAAUUGUCUCACAAUGGGACAUGUUUGCAACCCCUGAAUAUCGGGGUGUAAGGGCAGGAGUAUUUCUAGGUCUGGGUCUUAGUGGGGUUAUUCCCACCCUGCACUUUGUCAUCUCUGAGGGGCUCCUGAAAGCAGCCACAAUGGGGCAGAUAGGCUGGCUGGCACUCAUGGCAUGCCUGUACAUCACUGGUGCUGCACUAUAUGCUGCCCGCAUCCCGGAGAGAUUCUUCCCUGGCAAGUGUGACAUCUGGUUCCACUCCCACCAGCUGUUCCACGUCUUUGUAGUGGCUGGUGCCUUUGUGCACUUCCACGGGGUGUCGAACCUGCAGGAGUUCCGCUUCACAGUGGGAGGAGGCUGCACGGAGGAGGAGGGGAUGCAGUAAGCUCAGCCUUCAGCCCGGGGGCCGGACCCGAAACAGCGCCGCCAGCGCGGCUGAAGCCUGCAGCCUAGCGAAAGGAAUACCUAAGAAUCCAAGUUUCAGCUGCUGGAGCCUGGGGCUUCGUGGGAGAAUUCUGACUAACCAAGAUAAAUUCUAUACCUCAAGCAACGGAAUGAAUCAAUUUGAAGACCAGGAAAUUCUGAAAACCCUAAUUUAUUCUUGGGAUCUACAGAUUGAGCUACAGAGGACCCUUUCCAAAUCGGCUUCUGUUCAAUGCCAUAUUUAUUUGUAGAAGUGGGGAGGGAUGAAGCUUAGCAGGUUCCUGUUUUGUUUUGGUUGGUUUGGUUUUUGUUCUUUUUCUUUUUUUUUUCUUUUUAAAAAGAAAAAAAAAAUAAUUGAGUUUAAAUUUAUAUCCUCUUGGAGGGUCUGGGAGUUGAUUUUAGAUGCUUUUAGGAGAAAAAAAAACCACACACAAAAAAAAAAAACAAAACAAAACAAAAAAGAAUUGUAAAUAAGAUUUCUAACUUUCUGUUUAAAUAAAAUUUAUAUAAAUGUUUUAAACAACUUGGGGGGGGAGGGGAGGGAAAGGGGGAGGGUUUUGUAAAGAAUGCAACAUGCAAGUACCACACACUGUUUCAAUUUUGCACAAAAUAAGGGAUUGCAGGAGGACCAGGUGAAAUUCCCAGGAGUGAAACAUUUUGGCCCUAGAGAUGAGAUUAUUUUCCCCCCCACCACCUUUUUUUUUUCUCUCCUACUGGCCAGAAGAGCCUGGGCAAUGUGGGGUCCUGACCAGCACUUGGAGGAGGUGCAGUAUACAUAAGUGUGGUGAAGGCUGGAUAUUGAUCAUGUUGUUAUGCAGGUGAUGGUGUUGGUAGAGUUUAUUUGCUUGAGGAGCUUCAAAGAUACAUCUGUGCCCUGUCUAAGCACGAGGGACAGCUGCCUUCCAGGCUUGUGUGGCCUGUGUAGUUUUGGGUAGUGGAUCUCACAGUUCAGCUGUUCUGGUUCCCAUCAUACAGAUUGGAGCAUGAUGGCAAAGAGUCCAGCCCCAGCAGUGCCUGUACCUGAAGGCUUUCAUGAGUUGCUGGUUGCCAUUGGCAGCUGCUCUGGUUCCCAUCAUACAGAUUGGAGCAUGAUGGCAGAGUCCAGCCCCAGCAGUGCCUGUACUUGAAGGCUUCCAUGAGUUGCUGGUUGCCAUUGGCAGCUGCUCUGGUUCCUGUCAUACAGAUUGGAGCAUGAUGGCAGAGUCCAGCCCCAGCAGUGCCUGUACUUGAAGGCUUCCAUGAGUUGCUGGUUGCCAUUGGCAGCUGUUCUGGUCCAUGUCAUACAGAUUGGAGCAUGAUGGCAGAGUCCAGCCCCAGCAGUGCCUGUACCUGAAGGCUUCCACAGGUCGCUGGUUGCCGGUGCCAGCCCUGCCCUGUCUGAACAAAUGAUGGGAACAUAAAUGCUCAAGUACCCUUUGACAAGCAGGGGGGAAACAGAGGUGAGGCUGAAGUGGACUGGAAAGAGGAAGCUGUGCGCUCCAAGACUUGGAGUUAGCAUUUACUGCAGACCUCAAGCACGUUACCUUCUCAUGUGUCAGGCUCCACAUGCCAAGGCAGUUUGCAGGUUUUCCUUUUUAAGAGAGAAGUCCACAACCAGCCCAGUGCAGUUCCCUUUAUUUUUUCCUUAGGUCUGCUUCCCAUCUGUGCUUUAGCAAUGGGACUGCUGGCAUGUCUUAAACCUAAACCUAAGAGUUCAGUUGGAUUGCCAUGGAGCAGACACACCUCCUGUGUAAGGGGAGGCAUAGACCCUUCUCUUCUGUAAUGGAUGUAGCUUGAUCUUUGGAGCCCAGUCAGGAGCCAGACUUGAAGGAGAACCUUUGGAGUUGUAAGAUUAAACCUGAACGUUUUGUUUGUCAUGGCACAGGUAUUGCGUGGAGUGUUUAGCUGGAAAUUCAGAGCAAUUACCUCUCACAGAUGAGUUAAACAGCUCACAAAAUGCCAUAUUUCACGUGGCAGGAAGGGAAAAGUUAGGUUUUCAGUUGUGGUGGUUGGGGUUUUCUUUGGGUUUGUGUGUUAAGACUUUGGCAAGUUUGAAAUUUCAUCUUUCCAAGAGGAGAUUGCAAAGAUCCAUACCCUGGUUAUCAGGGAAUGCUUUUAGGCAGAGUUACUUUGCCUGAGGGGGUGGGGGUCAAGUAGAAGCAGAAUGCCUUUAUAAAGUCAGCUGGGUAUGAAGGCUUUGCCCCUGGGAGGGAGUCUGUGUAAAGCCUCUGAGAGCAAGGUCAGCUGCAGGCAGAGGUGCAGCAGCAGAGGCUAUGAGCUUAGAGGGAUGUGUUCUUGGUGGGAUUACUGCACUGCAUGCCUGUGGGGCCAGGAGCUCUUUGUCACAAGUCUGUAUAUGUGGUACUGAAAUGAAUUUAAGAGCAGUAUUAACUUGGAUAUAAGGGCUAAUAGUGCUGGCAUCCCCAACAAGGACAGGCAGAAGGUGUACUGGUGUCUGAGAAAAGUGUGGCACAUAUCAAGAUCCAGGCUGGCUGUAAGGCCCCUUUGGGAUACCUCUGUAACAGUACCAGCAGAAGUGGUGGUCUCCAUCCUGGAUCAUCCCACGUUCACUCCUUGAAGGGUGAUUGUAACCUGGUCCUACACAGCACAGAACUAUUACAAAAACACAGUACUCCACCUGCUCUUCUUAACCCAGUCGGUCUCUCCCUUCCAGAAGUUUGUGUGUUCCAAUGAAAACAACCUAGCUGUGCACAUUUCUGUAGCUCUUGCUGAGAACUCUUCCCAGGUUGGCACCUGAAUGCCUUACUCUCAGCAGUCAGAGGCUUGCUUGCUCUGUGUGCAGGUUAUUGCCAUAGAAUAGUUAGGACCUACAGCUUCUUUCCUUCCCCAUUAAAUAGUGGCCUUGUUCAGUAUAUUUCUUUCUAAAGAUUGCUUACUGUUGGAAGCAAUGAAGCACAUUCUGGGGUUUUGAUGGUUGGGGACUCUGGUGAUGGUUCCACAUAAGAUGGGAUCUUAUUACUUGCUGUAUUCUUAACUUCUGCUAAUAAAAGAACCAAAUGGA